AUGGUGGAGACAGCCAUGAUGAACUCUAACCCUUCGGAGAUUGAGGUCUCGCUUGGUCAAUUUGUCAAAAUAAACAUCCUACUUUGGAAUUGCAAAGGUGCUUUGAACGCGGACUUAAAGAGAAGAAUUUUUGAAAUGGCUAUUAAUCGCCACCCCUCAAUCAUGGUGAUCACGGAAACUAGAGUUUUGGGGGAUAGGGCUGCUAGAAUUAUAGAAGAUAUGCCUUUUGAUGGAAGCAUAGUUACUGAUACCAUUGGCUAUGCAGGGGGAUUAUGGCUUCUGUGGAAAAAAGAUGAUGUUAAUGUGAUGCUCUUACCUAGGUUAUCUAAGAGAAGAAUUCUUUGGGAUAACCUAAAAAUUGUUGCCCAGCUCCAGAAUCUGCCUUGGCUAAUGCUUAGAGACUUCAAUGAAGUAUUGAGUGGUGAAGAUAAAUUUGGAGGGAAUUGGGUGAACUUAAAUAGGGCUCUCCAAUUUAAAGAAUGUUUGGAUGAUUGUAACAUGGUAGACCUGGGGUUUGCUGGGCCUAAGUAUACAUGGACUAACCGUAGGCCCAUCUCUGCCCUCAUACUUGAGAGAAUUGAUAGGUGCUUUGCCAACCCUUCUUGGAGAGUUCUAUUUCCUGAAGUAGCAGAGGCUUGGAUUGAGGAUAAAGAUUUUCAAGGGGCUGUUUUGGAGUUUGUUAGCAAGGCCAAGCAUUGGAACUACAAUGUCUUUGGGAAUUUAUUCGCUAGGAAGAAAAGAGUUUUGGCCAUAAUUAAUGGUGCCCAAAAAGCACUGGCCAACAAACCAACUGAUUUUUUGUUGAACCUAGAGAAGCAACUCAUUGAGGAAUACUCCUUAAUUUUGCUCCAGGAAAAAGAAUAUUGGGCUCUCAAGUCUAGGUUGAAUGCAGCCACAUUUGGAGACUGUAAUACAACAAUCUUCCAUGUCUCCACUUUGGUUACGUGUCAUAGGAAUAAAAUCAGAUGUAUAAAGGAUUUUGUGGGGAAUUGGAUCACUGAUGAGAAUAAGAUUAAGAAACAUAUAAAAAGCGGUUUUGAAAAGCUUUACUUGACCGAGCUUUGUAUGUCUCCCUUGUCUUCAUCUGCCUCUACCUUUUCAUGCUGCUUCCUGUCUACUAAGAUUUGCUCUAGCAUUGGUAGCGUGGUCACAGAUGAAGAAGUCAGAGCUAACUUAUGGACCUUAAAGCCAUUUAAAGCCCCUGGGUUUGAUGGUCUCCAUACGGGUUUUUUUAGUAUUUCUGGGCAGAAGUGGGUAGCUCUGUCUACUCAGAGGUUAAGAAAGCCUUCAAGACAGGGAUAG